CACAUGGCAACAGGUGAGCUUAGCCAGGUCUCAUGGAUUAAUUGGCUGUCAUUCAGCAGGAACCUAACAGAUAAGUCACCGUUCAGCAUACAAGGCAAUGCUUAGGUUCAGAGCCACUCUAAAGUGAUCAAAACAGUGUGACAUUGGCAGGGGGCAACAAGCACCUUGAGAAUUCCAGGUUAAUCAAAUAGUGACUUGAAAGACACUCCUUUCCAUUAAAUAGAACUGCAUGAGACACAGCCCCCACUGAAGGGUUGAAAAUGAGUAUCCCAGUGGCUCCUAAGAAGUCAUGUUAUGCUCAGUUGCGGGACAACAGAAAUGGAGCAAAAAAUAAUAACGAGAGUAUCUUAAGUCUGGGAGAUACGAAUGCCAAUCAAAUCAUGUUGAAGGUCAGCCCCUCUCAUGAUGAGCCAGAGACAUGUGACCGGACAGAUGAAAUUGGAAAUGCAAAUUCAACUGAGCCAGAAAAUAGUACUCUUUCCAAUAAGGACUUUCAUCAACUUCAGGGCUUUGGGAAAAGAUCUCAGGUUGGCCCCACCAGCCCAAAAGAUGUACAGUCUCCUUUGACUGUUUGUAGAGAACAGAAUGAAGAGCACAUGGUGGGAAAGGGUAUAGACACAUUGCAGACUGUUCAGAGUUUUCAGGGAAAAAGCCUGUCAAGCUGGAGAAUUGUGGUGGGAGAGGCCAGUCCAGGGGUUUUGGUGAAGAAGGAGGCUGAAAUUCCCUGCCAUGUUCCUAAGGAUAAAUUGGCCAAGACCCUUGACAAUGAGGAAUUGAGAAGACAUUCCUUGGAGAGAGCAAGCAGCUGUGCUGUUGCGGUGGACAUGUCCCAGAGGGAACGUGUUGGGAGCCAGACUCAGCAGUUCCAGCAGCCUGCACCCCUUAAGCCCCGUGAAACUCUGUGCCCUGUGUCCAGCACUGGGGAAGACCCACAGUGGACAGUGACAGGCCACACUCUAGGGGCAGCUUUGCCUCCAGCUGACAGUACCUCAGGGGGAAAGAGCAUGUGUCAUCCAAAGCCAUCUACCUCAGAAGCCAAGGAGACUACCACCUUUGAGGUCCAGAUGGAGGGAAGGCAGGUAUUGGAAGUUAGCAGUGAGAGCACAUCCUAUUCUGUCCAUAUGGAACUCGAUAGGAAGUUACCUUGGGCCUCGAUGGAAAGUCUGAGUCAGCAAGAAGCACAGAUAAGUCAGGGGAAAGGAGAGCCCAAGCCUGAACUGAAACCUCCCCCACCAGUGGCUGUAGAGGGGUUGAAUUCUUGCAAGGAGGAGUGUUUGGAAUGUCCCAAGGAAGGGAGUAUGUUAUUCCUUGAAAGAAAGGAGCUGUGUGGAGAAGCACACCAAGACCACACCACUGAUACACUUAGUCUGUCACACAGUGGUCUCCACCAUCUUGGCAUGGGAAGCAGCAGGAGUGAGCAGGAAGUGAGAGAAGCCAAUGGCAGUGAGGAAUCUUCUCAUCAGACCACACCUAAACAGGGACUGGCUUCUCUGGGAGCUGCUGAUCACCGACUCACUGACAAGGUUUCCCCAGGGGCAUCUAGGAAAUUGGGUGACAUGGGAGCCAGCAACACUUCACUGGGCAGUCACCAUCCAACUCUUAUUCCCAGUGACCCUGUUGACAGCAGGCCCUCAGCUGUUAAUGGGGAUAGAGGGAACCUGGAUGGUGCAGUGGUUGCCACAUCUGCUUCUCCUGUUGGAGACAGCAAAAGUGGGGUCCCUGAGUGCUUAUGCCCUCAGAGCCGCAAUUCAGAGGCAGAUGACAGCAAAGAGGUCACUUUGUUGGUUUCUGAAAACAGGAAACCUCUAGAAAAGGCUGCUAAGACUGAAAGUGCCCCAGAGAGAGCAGAUUCUCUUCUUGGCAUCUCGGCACCCCUCCGCCCAGAGACAACUGUGGAUGUGACCUCCCAACCUACUCCACCCAGCAGCAGUUUCCAGGACUUGGGUGUAUUUAGUAUGCAUAUGGAACCACCCUGGGCUGCUUCACCUCCCUUGGACACAUCCCCCAAAGCACCUGAUAGAAACGACUCCCCCAGUGUUCUCUCAAAGUCUGUCACCACAUGUUCUGAGGAUAUAUCUUCCUCACAGGAGGGAAUGGAAAACCACCAGGUAAAGAAAACAGAAGAGAAAUUGGAUGCCAAGCCCAUCAUCCUGCCCAAGCCCAAGCAUGUGAGGCCCAGGAUAAUCACCUACAUCAGGAGAAACCCCCAGGCCCUGAGCCAGGUAGACACUUCCCUGGUUCCAGUCGGGCUCUCUUAUACUCCACCGACAUGUGGCAUGUCUCUCCCUAAGGAGGAGAAGCCGGUGGGUACUGACCUGAAGCCAGCUACCAGUCUCUAUGAGAAAUUCAAACCAGACUUGCAGAAGCCACGAGUCUUCAGCUCAGGAUUGAUGGUGUCUGGGAUCAAGCCCCCGGGACACCAUUUCAGUCAGAUGAGUGAAAAGUUCUUACAGGAGGUUACAGAACACCCUGGGAAAGAAGAAUUUUGUUCUCCUUCCUAUACUCAUUAUGAAGUGCCUCCAACUUUCUACCGACCUUCCAUGCUUCUUAAGCCCCAGUUAGGGUUGGGUGCCAUGUCUCGGUUACCAUCUGCAAAAAGCAGGAUUCUGAUUGCAAGUCAGAGGUCAUCUGCAAGUGCCAUCCAUCCACCAGGACCCAUAACUACAGCUGCCAGUCUCUACAACCCUGAUCCUACAGACUUAAAGAAGGCCUCCAGUUCCAGUGCUGUGAAAUCCAGUCUACCCAAAUCGGGCCUGCGCCCUCCUGGUUACUCACGCCUGCCAGCAGCCAAGCUUGCAGCCUUUGGCUUUGUCCGGAGCUCCAGCGUGUCCUCUGUGUCCAGCACUCAGUCUUCAGAGAGCGUGCAGCCUGAGCAGAGCCGACUGAACCGGUCAACCUUUGGGAAUGAAGACCAGCCAAAUCUGAAGGCAGCUCCGCCCUCAAAAGAUGCACCCAAGGGGACAGGCCGGGCCGCCCCACCAGCACCCUCCAAUGUGACGACACCUCGAAGGAGUUUGCUUCCAGCUCCAAAGUCCAUGUCCACACCCACUGGAACAAAGAAAGAAGUACCAAAAGAUCAAGAUACCAGUAAGUCUGCUGUUUCAUCCCCUAAGAAAAUAGCAACUUCAGCCACCAAGCUCCACUCACCAGGAUACCCCAAGCAGAGGACCACAGCUCCCCGCAAUGGGUUUCCCCCCAAACCCGACCUGCAGGCCCGUGAGGCCGAGCGGCAGCUGGUACAACAGCUGAAGGAGCGGUGUGAGCAGCAGGCCCGGCAGCUGGGCCUGGCGCGGGGCGAGCUGAGGAAGGCCAUCCGCAGUUUUGAGGUGCUGGCUGUGUCCACUCAGCAUUUCUUUCAAAAGAAUGAAAGUGCCAUUGUGAAAGAGAAAGAGCUGUCAAUCGAACUUGCAAACAUCAGGGAUGAAGUUGCCUUCAACACAGCAAAAUGCGAGAAACUGCAGAAGGAGAAGGAGGAGCUGGAGAGGCGGUUCGAGGACGAGGUGAGGCAGCUGGGCUGGCAGCAGCAGGCCGAGCUGCAAGACCUGGAGGAGCAGCUGCAGCUGCAGUUCCGGGCGGAGAAGGUGCACCUGCAGGACGAGCACAACGCCCAGCUGCUGCAGCUCCGCUGUCAGCACCAGGAGCAGGUGGAAGACAUCACCGCCAGCCACGAGGCUGCUCUCCUGGAGAUGGAGAAUAGCCACACAGUCGCCAUCGCCAUCCUGCAGGACGACCAUGACCACAGAGUCCAAGAACUGAUGUCUACCCAUGAACUUGAAAAGAAAGAACUGGAAGAGAAUUUUGAGAAGUUACGACUAUCCUUACAGGACCAGGUGGACACGCUGACCUUCCAAAGCCAGUCUCUGCGGGACCGAGCCAGACGCUUCGAGGAGGCUCUGAGGAAGAACACAGAGGAACAGCUGGAGGUUGCCCUGGCUCCCUAUCAGCACUUAGAAGAAGACAUGAAGAGUCUGAAGCAGGUAUUAGAGAUGAAGAAUCAGCAAAUACACCAACAGGAGAAAAAGAUCAUUGAGUUGGAAAAGUUGGCAGAAAAGAACAUCAUCCUGGAGGAGAAAAUCCAAGUUCUCCAGCAGCAGAAUGAAGACCUCAAAGCAAGGAUUGAUCAGAACACUGUCGUCACCAGACAACUGUCAGAGGAAAACGCCAACCUGCAGGAAUACGUGGAGAAAGAAACCCAGGAGAAGAAAAGGCUGAGCCGGACCAACGAAGAGUUGCUGUGGAAACUCCAGACUGGGGACCCCACGAGUCCCAUCAAACUCUCCCCCACAUCCCCCGUUUACCGAGGCUCCUCCUCCGGGCCCUCCUCUCCAGCCAGAGUCAGCACAACGCCCAGAUGACGACGCCACGGCACAGCAGCCUGCAGGAGGGGCGGCCACCGGCCAGGGUCCCCACCUGCCGGGACACCGCCCAGGGCUGGCCCCUGCCGCCUGCGCGCAUGCCCAGUUGCUGCAUAGCUGCAUCCUAGGUGGAGUCCUCCUCUGACCCCUGAGCGAGAAUGACCCGGGAUUGGCGCUUAGGAAAGUACAAACGGUAGUGUCCGGUGUGCAAUGUUUGGCCGUAGAUAGUCCAAGGAAGGAGAGAACACAUCUCCCAUUAUUCUUGAGCAACGAACUCUCUCUCACUGCAGAAUUUCAGGUUCGGUACCAGUAGCUCCGUUUUUGAAUAUACAUUGAAUAACCAUUGUGUACGGCACCGCUGCGCGUGUGUAUGCGGAGAGAGGCAAAUACACACCCUCAGCGGCCCUCAGUUGCAUUUUUUUAUAACACGAAGUGCUGACAUAUUUUGGUCAAGGUCAGCAUUUUUCUAACUUGUGCCUAAGAAUUAUUAUUGGGAAAUGAAAAUGCAUUUCUACCUAUCUUCCCGGGAAUAUUUCUACCCAAAAUUGAAAAAGAGAAAAAAAAAAAAAAAGAUACAGAGAAGAAGCGCCUUUCAACCUACCACCAAGUGGUAUUGUAUUUAACACAAACACCAGCGAUUUGGGGCCUACCUUUGGAACCGUCAGCUUCUUAGUCAACAUGAUGUGAGCUCAUUAUCAUUCCAUUUGCAAGUUUUAAUUAUUAAUGCUCCCAUCCUGAGCCGAUGAAAGAGCAGUGGGGACCCCCCCCCCCCCGGGGGGUUAGCAGUUUUGCAGGUGUUGUUUGUGACCGAGGGCCAUCUAUAGUCCUGAAAAACACACAUUUUACUUUCUCCCUAGCCCCACUGCCCCAGGCAUUUCAAAAUCUGUAGUUAAGCAGUUACACCCUGGGGGAAAUACAGAAGAGCAUGACCUAGAGUGAGGGUGAGGAAGGCCUUGGAGUUGGCGGAGACACCGGCACUCCACCCUAUGGAAGCACCGUGGCCAGUGGAGUCUGUUGUGUUUUGAGGAGACGCAGAGGAGGGCAGCGUCCUCAGACUUCCACUUGGUCUGCUCUGAUGUGAUUCUUCAGGGGGUUAACCCAACAGGUGACACACGGCCCCCAUUUCACAAGCAACCACCCCUUCAGUUUGGUUCUAUCAUUCAACUCUCUCAGUGUACAUGAGACCGCUCAGGGCCUUCCAGAAAUCCAGUGACUCUUCCGUGCCUGGGGAGAGAAGGGGGCAGCUCCAGUCUGUGCUAGGUCGUCCCCUGCUGGCCUAGGAACACAGAUGUCUUCCCUGCUGGAUGAGCAAGCAGUGUCACGGCCCACAGUGGUCCUAUCCUAGGUCCAGGUGGUGCUGCCACACCGAAGAGCCCAGGGCAACAGCCUGCCAAGCCAUCUUGCUUGCUGGACUGACCUUUGUCUCUGAAAUUGUGGAAUGAGGACAUGAAAGGUCUUCAUGCCUGUCGUGCUGUAACCUACUAGGAGCAUGACCCAGAGAGAGGUAGUUUGGACAGUUGCCACUUUGAGGCUCGCAACGCCUUCCUUUCCUGUUGGUGACUGAGAGCCUGUGCUGCUGCCCAGUGGCCUCUGCGCUAUCACACAUGGGCCAUCUCUGAGCAAGCCAGAGAUGAGCAGACUGGGGCUGGGUGCUCAGUGGGCCCUGAAGACGAUGGCCCUCAGAGAGGACAGGCUUGUCCACUAGGCCGUCCUGCCCAGGUUGGGCUUCCUGGCCUCGGGUACAUCUCAUCUCCAGUAAGCCUUCCCGGGUCUUGGCCCAUCCUGGGGACACACACAGUAGAUGCACAUUGAAGAAACCUAGACGUCCCCCCCCCCCACCUGCAGCUCUGCAUGAUGCUGUGUUAUGGAGGUGGGUGUUCCAUUAGAGUAGGUCAUGCCACAUUGACUAAAUACACAAUUAUUUAUUCUGUUAGCAGGAGCCCCCUGCAAAUACAGGUCAGGUGGUAGUUGAGCUCUUGAAAUCAGGAACUGCUCCCCUGACAGCGCCUGCUAAAACACAGUCACACAGCAAUACGGAUGUCAGUGUUAGGUUAGAAUGUGGUACAGUGCGGUGGCCUAUUGCGGUCAAAGUUGUAGAGGUAUUAGAGCUAAGUAAUCCCUUCCUAGGUGGACUAGAGCUUUGCCCUACCCAGUCCUGACCUUGGGUUCCUGAGCUAAUCCCCCAUAUGACCCAGGCUUCAUUUUUUUCAUCAAGGAUGCCCCUUGUCCUAAAACAUCUGGGGUGGAGGCGGCUGUGUCCCCCUCGUCACUACUUUGCCCCUCUCAGCAUGGAAGCCUCCUCCUCCUCUGGCUGGAGCCAUUUUCAUGCUCAGAUACUGUAGCCCCUGCCCACCUCAGACCCCUGCCCAGUCCACCUCUUGGCAUUUGGGAGACAUGUGGGUCACCUUGGCCUGACAGAGUGCCAGGGUGGGGAGGGGCUGGUGGGUGAGUACUUGGGCAGGGUCACCCGCCUUUCUGGCCCUACCGUUCCUGUGUUGCAUAUUUGUGUUUGAAGCAUAUUAAACUGAACUUGAGGGACUA